AUGCUGUUUGCACGAACUGUUCAAGCUAAGCACAUAAUAUUCCAGCCGGCGAAGGUGGCACAGUCUUUGCUGCUGUUCUGCCAGGGCCAGGGGCAGCUGACGUCACUUCCGCCGCCGGGCGUCGAGCGCCGGAUGUCGCGCGCCAUGUCGAUGGAGGAGUACGACAGGCCCAACAUCCGGCGGCUCUCUUUGACGCCGCACGCCGCGGAGUCGCCGCCACGCAGGCCC